CCGUCCCCCCGUGGGCGGCUCCGGUCUCCCCCGCCUCACAGGCAGGUGGAACUUUCCGUGACGUCACAAUGCUGCGCCACAAGCCGCGCCUCCUGAGAGAACUUGUGAACUUGUAAAAGGCGGGAGCCCGGGCUUCUUUCUCCUCAGCCUCUGUCCAGCAGCCUGGCCGGGCGGAGGAGGCGGCGGUGGCGUGUACGAAGCCAGGGAAAGCGCUCAGCAAACAGUAAAGUGAGAGGGCGAGGGCGUGAGCGGUGCGGAGGAAGCGGCGGGGUGCCUUUUCCUGAGGCUGUUCUGGGGAAUGGCGGAGGCGGCGGCCGUGGCGGUCUGUGCACGAGCGGGAGCGCCCCGCAGCAGUGAGGACAUCCUGAGAAGCUGGGCCCUGGGUUUCUACUUUGGAGAUGGCACUUUGAGUUGGCAAUAAGAUCUGAAAGACCAGAUGUUGGACCUGGAGUUUGUGGAAUUCAGACCACCAGGACAGAAGUAGAACCCUCCUUCAUGAGCCUUCCAGCAUGGAUUGAAGACCAGCAGUUCCCCAGGAAUCCUCUAGACCUCCAGUGCCAGACUGGGACUGCUGAGGCAUGAUGAGCAGCAGCAGAGUUCUCAGACUCUCCAGUGUGCAGACAGUCAUUGCUGGACUUCCUGAGGUGAUGUCAUUUGAAGACGUCGCUGUGGAUUUCACCUGGCAAGAAUGGCAGCACCUGGAUGUUGUUCAGCAAAACCUCUACAGAGAUGUGAUGCUGGAGAACUACAGCAGCCUGAUGUUCUUGGGUGAGCUAAACUCCCGGAGAUAUAUGACCAAACCAGAUUUGAUCUUCAAGUUGGAGCAUGGAUUUGCACCAUGGAGUGUAGUAGAAGGCUCAAUUCAGAGGCUUCCAGAAUUUAAAUCUCAACAGAACUUUUACUGGACAAAGACUCAUGAUUUUAAGCAAUGUCACAAUGCAGUUUACCAGAACGUACAUCAAACUUGUCAUCAAGGAGCAAACACAGGGUUGAAGCUGUAUGAAUGUAGGACCACCUUGUCCUCCAAAUCACAUCUCAGUCACUGUCAGAGAACUCACACAGGUGAGAAGCCAUAUGAAUGUACUGAAUGUGGGAAAGCUUUCAUCUCUCAGUCACAUCUCAGUGUACAUCACAGAACUCACACAGGUGAGAAGCCAUAUGAAUGUACUGAAUGUGCAAAAGCAUUCAUCUUCCAGUCAUAUCUCACUGCACAUCAGAAAACUCACACAGGUGAGAAACCAUAUGAAUGUACUGAUUGUGGGAAAGGCUUCAUUUCCAAUUCAAGUCUCAGUAAGCAUUGGAGAACUCACACAGGUGAGAAGCCAUAUGAAUGUACUGAAUGUGGGAAAGGCUUCACUUCCAAGUCAAAUCUCACUAACCAUCAGAGAACUCACACAGGUGAGAAACCAUAUGAAUGUACUGAAUGUGGGAAAGCUUUCACCACCAAGUCACGUCUCACUAUUCAUCAGAGAACUCACACAAGUAAGAAGCCGUAUGAAUGUACUGAAUGUGGUAAAGGCUUCAUCUCCAAGUCAUGUCUCACUAAACAUCAGAGAACUCACACGGGUGAGAAGCCAUAUGAAUGUACUGAAUGUGGGAAAGCCUUCAUUGCCAAGUCACAUCUCAUUACUCAUGAGAGAACUCACAAAGGUGAAAAGCCAUACAAAUGUAGUGAAUGUGGAAAAAAUUUCACCACCAAGUCUUUUCUUACUAUUCAUCAGAGGACUCACACAGGGGAGAAGCCAUAUGAAUGUACUUCAUGUGGGAAAGGCUUCAUCUCUAAGUCAAAUCUCACUAAGCAUCAUAAAUCUCACACAGGAGAGAUGCCAUAUGAAUGUACUGAAUGUGGGAAAGGCUUCAUUGCCAAGUCCCAUCUCACUGUGCAUCAGAGAACUCACACAGGUGAGAAGCCAGUUGAAUGUACUGAAUGUGGGAAAGCAUUCAUUUGCAAAUCACAUCUUACUAUGCAUCAGAGAACUCACACAGGUGAGAAACCAUAUCAAUGUAAUGAGUGUGGAAGAAGUUUCUUUGUUAAGUCGUAUCUUAAGAAACAUCAGAGAAUUCAUAUACCUGAGAAGCCAGAUGACUACUAAAUGAGGUAAAGGCUUUUUCCCCAAGUAAAGUCUCAACUAAACAUCAUAGGACUCACGUAGGAAAGAAAGCAUGUCAAUAUGACUAUUGGAACACAUCCAUUUCCCAGUGAUUGUUUAUGUGGUGAAUGCAAGAAAGCUUUCUGCCCGAAGUCAGAACUGUACAUCUUCGACAGGUGAAAAGCCACAUGAACAUACUAAUGGAAGUAUAUGGAUUUACAUAGGAAUUUCCACUUGAGGAUCCAUACAGUGAUAUAACCAAUGCUUAUUGUGCCAGUGUAAUGUUUGGAAAAGCAAAAUGAAGUGUGGGGUAUAAGAAAUUUUGAUAGUAGUAUUUUGUGUGAUGACCACUUGCUUUCCUGGUCAUUUCCUGGUAACUGGAAGAAUUUAAAAUUUAAAAAUUUAAAUUUAAAAUUUAAAAAUUUUGUUGUCUGACAGAGAAGUUUUGAAUUUAACAACAUAUGAGCAUCAUUUGCUCUCUUAAGUGUAAUUCUGUAAGCAAUUUCCAUGUUUGCAGAUGAGAAACCUGCUGUGUAUUAGAACAGUAUGAUUAUUGCAUGUUAGUCUGAAAAUAGGAGAAUUCUGUGAUAACAACACUAAAGUAUAUUAUUAUUCUGCAUUGGUCACUCACCUUAUAUUGCUUUUGUAAUAAGAAAGAUAGAAAAGAGAGAUCUGGAAGUACAGAAAGAUGUCAGAUUGCUACUUUGCAACUAAGGGACAUCUUGAAGUUCUUGUAUGGAAACUCUGAUUAUUAAGGUGUCAUCAACUUGAUCUGUUUAGUAAUCUACAGAAAUUCAUUUCAGGUUGGUGUAUGAGGUUUCUUGCAGGUAGGAUUAACUGAAGGAGGCAGUCCUUCCUCCAUAGUGAGCCCUUUCCCUAGAGCAGAUGACGUCUGUUGCAGUAAGGUUCGCAUUGCUUGUAGAAAUCACCCAACAAAGAGCAGCUUGUUGGGGAAAUAAAACCGUUUAUUUUGGCA